UGGUAGUCUGUCUAUCUUGAUAUCUCGACCUGACUGCAUGUACCUGUUCUGACAUUGCCAAUUUUUGCUUUUGUCUUGGAUAUAAAUGACUGAUUGCCAAAUGGUUUCCUCAGAUUUCACAGCAGAUGAGAAGAUGGAGAUUGAAAGCAUUAAGUCGUAUAAGGAGGACCUUUUAGAGGAUAUCCAGAAAUUGAAGAUGCAGAUAGAUAAUGUCAUGGCGGAUAUCCUCAGCUUUGAAUCUGCGGAGGAAAACAAAACUUUAGAGAAAAGCAAACAGUUCUCAAAUGGGAAGAAGAAAUUCAACAUGGACCCGAAAAAGGGUAUCAAUUACCUGGUGGAGAAUAAACUGCUGAAUGGAAGUGCUCAAUCCAUUGCAGAGUUCCUAUACAAGGAAGAGGGACUCAACAAGACAGCCAUUGGAGAGUUUCUUGGAGAGAGGGAGGAGCUUCACCUUCACACCCUGAAGGCGUUCGUGGAGCUGCACGAGUUCUCCGACCUCAACCUGGUCCAGGCCCUCAGACAGUUCUUGUGGAGUUUCCGUCUGCCUGGCGAAGCCCAGAAGAUCGACCGCAUGAUGGAAGCCUUCGCCACACGCUACUGUGACUGCAACACUCAUGUCUUCCAGUCGACCGACACGUGCUACAUCCUGUCAUUCGCCAUCAUCAUGCUCAACACCAGCCUCCACAACCCCAAUGUGAAGGACAAGACCACUCUGGAGCGUUUCAUCUCCAUGAACAGAGGCAUCAACAAUGGGGAGGAUCUACCUAAUGACCUGCUCUCGAAACUGUAUGAGAGCAUUCGCAACGAGCCUUUUAAAAUCCCAGAGGAUGAUGGGAAUGAUUUGACUCACACCUUCUUCAACCCUGACAGAGAAGGCUGGCUCCUCAAACUUGGAGGUCGAGUUAAGACGUGGAAAAGGCGAUGGUUCAUCCUGACUGACAACUGCCUCUACUACUUUGAGUUCACCACUGACAAAGAGCCCAGAGGCAUCAUCCCUCUGGAGAACCUUUGUGUGAGAGAAGUGCCAUAUUCUCGCAAACCGUACUGUCUGGAGCUGUACAACCCCAACAGUCGAGGACAGAAGAUCAAAGCGUGUAAAACAGAGACGGACGGCAGAGUGGUGGAGGGGAAGCACCAGUCCUACACCAUCUGUGCUGCCAGCGCCGAGGAGAGAGACUCCUGGAUCGAGGCCAUCAGAGCGAGUAUCACCAAGGAUCCGUUCUACGACUUGGUCUCAGUCCGUAAGAAGAAGGUGAUAAACCAAGCUCCUCAAGACUGAAUUGCCCGGCACCCCCUAUGGACAUUUAGAGUACUGCACCAAAAUGGGAUUCAGCUCCUCUUUAAGUUGUCUUAAAUGCCCCGCAGAGCGACUGUGCGAGGACACUGGAGGCUAGACACUGAUGGCGGUCACUUUGACUAAAAGAUGGACUUCUCUUUCCACUUCUCUUUUAUACAGACUGCACAAAACUGUGUCAAAGGUGAAAACAGUGACUCAUUUUUGUUGUUUUCACUGUCAGCAAAACAAGCCAUAAAGAAUUUGUCAAUAUAUCGUCCGCCAUGAGAAGCUGAUAUCACGUUCGAAAAGAUUUUGUUUCUAGGAUCAGGGAGACAAAUAAAGCAUGUGAUGUCACAGUAGAUCUAAAGUAUGCGUGAUAUGAAAAGGGGAGAUGUUUUACAGCUAUCUAACAGUUCUCAUAAGGCUCAAAAAUGGACAUUUACAAGUAAAGUAGGAAUAAACAACUUUAUUUCUGUUUAGUGGAUCAUUAUUUCUCACUUGUAAAGAGAGCUGUAUAUCAUAUGCAACUGUUCGAGUAAGGUUUUGUUUGGGGAUGGUUGCAUAUGCUUCACUGUGCAAAUACAGAUUUAUUUUCAAGCAUUUAAGGAAAUUCUUUUUUUUAUGUUGUUGUAAAAUUUCUAGUACUUUAUAGAAUGGCAUAGAAUUUGCCUUAAAAUGCAGAACACUCGCUCUUAUCAGACCAAUCCUGCAUUUUCUAAAAUUUCACUUAUGGUGCCUUUUUAGCACAGUGCAAUAAGUGCAGCAUGCAUUCUGUCUAUUUUGAUUUAAUUGCAAUGUGUACACUGUAUUAUAUGAAAGUAAUCUUUUCUUUGUACCCGAUAUUGUGCAUCAUUGGAAGUAUUGUAUUUUGUUAUGUUUUCAUGAAUUAUUUAAUAAAGUCUUUCAUUGCAUGUUAA